AAUAAGCGACGCCGAAUAAGCACGCAAAUUAAACUUAUUGGAGUGAUAUUUUUCCUUUCGAAUAAUGAAAUUUUAAUAUAACUGGUUUGCUAAAAGUGUAAAACGUAUGGUACAUAAAGUUAUAGGCGUUGGCGAACUGAAAAUCGCCGUUUACCAUUAGCACUAUUUCGGGGUUUUUUUUUACGAUUUCGAAGGUGUAUUUCAAUUUGUACAUUAGGAUGCCUUACGUCUUGGUGGAAAUAAUCGAUGCUGUCGGAAACAAGGAGCUGCUUGUAGCACCAGAAACAUGGAUCCAGCGAAACGAGGACGGAACGGUGUAUCUGCGUUGGCCGAGCGUUAGGAACAUUACCAUGCUAAACGCGCUACUAGCUGAUGAACGUAGCACUCCACUGGCAGCGUGGGAAACUCACGAAUGCAUGAUCAAAUGUUCUAACAUACAGUCCCUUUCGGUGGCUGGGAAAAUGAUAAAAACAUUGCAAAACCACUGGAAGACUGUUGGGAGUUCACAGAAAAGAACGGUUGAAGCUAAUGAUGAUGGUUCAAUGGAACCUGUUUGUAAAAAAUCGCUUAACAACUGCAGUGAAAGCCAAAUGAUUCGAACAUAUUCAGAAAACGUGCCCAAGGAAGAGCUAGAGCCGGUUGAAUUACAAAUCAUUGGUAUGUUGAACGAGCUCAGAAGACUUAUAGAAACAAGGCAUGACGAGGCAAGGAAAAAACUGCAUGAUGGAUUUUAUCGUGUCGAAAAAAGUUUGCAGUCUGCUGUGAAUGAUUCACUGAAGAAAGAGCAAAAGACAGCGUCCAAUAACGAUGAUCAGCAAUGUUCGCAGUCAGUGAAAGCGGUAGAAUUUUAUGUGAAUCCCCUUACCUGCAUAGAGGAGAUGGCCGAUUUUGAAGAACGGUUAAACGACGAGGAAUAUCGAAAGCAGGUGCAACAUUGGAUCGAUUGCACCAUUGGUUGCGAGGUACAUCCGGAGAAUCGCAUGCAAGGCAUACUUGAUGCGUUGUUUGACAAGCAUUUCCUAGCACACUUUAGCUGGGCUGGAAAUACGAGUACGAGUAAACUUGCGUUUAUGGAAUACAAAAAUAUUGUUAAUUUGUUUACAUAUGCCGGUACCACCGCUGUGAAUAUUGCUACUUCCCGGUAUGUGGGACAGUUUUUCAUAAAAGUACAACAACGAGCUGCUUUGCGACCAAUGCGCAAAAACUUUUCACCUACUCUAGUAACCAUUGAUUCCACAGCUUCGUUGACCGGUGUAAAAAAAUCUGUACAAAAACCUGUAGAAAGCAUAAAUGGAUCUUCGCUACCGAACGAUGAUGAUCCACAAAACUCCGACGACAACGCGGAGUUCUGUGUUAAUCCGUUGGCCAGCAUAGAAGACCUGGAUGCUUUUGAAACUAAGCUGGACGAUGUCGAAUAUCGUGCACAGAUCCAUAAAUGGGUAAAUGAACAUGUUGCCUACGAGAUAAAUCCGGAAACUCGUAUGAUAGAGAUUUUAUACUUAUUGUUCGACAGCAAUUUUCUUCCGAACUUCACAUGGAUAGGUGCGAGAAAGGGUAGCUACGGAAUGAAGACGUACAAAAAUGUUGUUCAACUAUUUCAGUACGUUGGUACUACAGCAGCACAUCGUGCGGAUCACAUAUUUGUGGCUAACUUUUUUAAUAAGAAGUUAAGAUAUGCCGGCAAAAGAGCAAAACCAUCAUUAUCCACAAGUUAA